UUAGAACCUGAGAAGAGGGUAGCUGAGAGCAUCAGGGGCAGAUGGAGUGAGUGAGUGACCACAUCGCUCCUCCCAGUAGCCUGGGCGGGCAGGGCAGGGCUGUCUCCAGGGCACGGAAGUUCCAGCUGAAUGAAGAGUGGUAGAGUCACUUCACCGUGGUCAUCCAUCAGGGUGCAGAGACCCCAUUAGAACCCAGGUCCUCUGGCUCUCCAGAGCUCUCUACCAUGUACUCCUCACUUGCCCAGGCACCACACCACCUCAUGCAGAGCAAUGGGGCAUGAGACCGUGUCAGAUGUCAGAUGAUGCUGGGAGUUUCCAAGGAUGGUUUGGGUCCUCCCAGAGCUCCUGUCUGUACCUGGCCCGGAGGCUCAGCUGUGUGAGGGGAGGGAAUACCUUUGCACCUGCUUCAGGUGGCUGACAGCUCUUCCUUUCUGCAGGAGGAGCAGCUGGAGCAGGAGCCAUGUUGCUGUGCCCAUUGGCCCUCACCCUCAUCCUGCUGGUGGUCUCUGGCAUUGAGUGUGAGCUGAAGGAAGUUUGUUCUGGAAGCCCAGGCAUCCCUGGCACUCCGGGAUCCCACGGCCUGCCAGGCAGAGAUGGGAGAGAUGGUGUCAAAGGAGAUCCCGGACCUCCAGGCCCCAUGGGCCCUCCUGGAGGAAUGCCAGGCCUUCCCGGGCGUGAUGGGCUGAUCGGAGCACCUGGCAUCUCUGGUGAGCGUGGAGAUAAAGGAGAACCUGGUGAGAGGGGCCCUCCAGGGCUUCCAGCUUAUCUGGAUGAGGAGCUCCAAACCACACUCCAAGACCUCAGACAUCAAAUCUUGCAGUCAAAGGGAGUCCUCAGUUUGCAGGGUUCCAUGCUGAUGGUGGGAGAGAAGGUCUUCGCCACCAAUGGGCAGACGGCCAAUUUUGAUGCCAUUAGAGAGUCAUGUAGCAGAGCUGGUGGCAGCAUUGCAGCCCCGGAGAGUCCAGAAGAGAAUGACGCCAUUGCAAGCAUCGUGAAGAAGCACAACACUUACGCCUACCUGGGCCUGACCGAGAGCCCCACCCCUGGAGUCUUCCACUACCUGGAUGACACUCCUGUAAAUUACACCAAAUGGUACCCUGGGGAGCCCAGGGGUCGGGGCAAAGAAAAGUGUGUGGAGAUGUACACAGAUGGGCAGUGGAAUGACAAGAGCUGCCAUCAAUACCGACUGACCGUCUGUGAGUUUUGAGCAGGCAUUAAGGCCACAGGAGAGAUAGGGUCCCGUCUUGCUUUCAGCCGCCAACCUGUGGAUCCACCUGUAUAUCCUUUUCAACAACAUUUAUCUGUGGCUAUUUCAGUUGGAGGUAUACUUAGCCACUCCACUCCCCAUUAGGGCCCUCACUCUUCCUCUUUGAUCACUAAUCAAUCUGACAUGCCCCCUGGAGCUCCUUCUCAGCACUGCACUCUAGGCAGCCACUGCGACCUUUGCCCUUUGUCGAGAGACGGAGACUUCUUUCUUCCUCCUCUUGUCCAGUUCCUUCAUUUAUAGGUGGUAACAGUGAGGUCCUGGGAUGGAAGAUCCCUCCAAAAUCACACAGAGGGUGCCUGCUUCCUGGCUCUCUCUACUCUUUCUCUGCAGCCCACUCCCUGCCCAGUCUCAUCGAUUUAGCAUUUCUGGUAAAGCAUAUGAUAGAAACAGGUGGACUUCUGGGAUAUUCCAAAUUUGGGGACUAUCUGUCAGUCUGUGGCCUCUGAGGACCCAUGUGGUCAGUCUUCCCAUGGGGUCAGAGAGCCAGCUGGUGUCCCAGCAUGAUGAAGGCCAACCCACUAUAGUGAUUGGCAUAUAUGAUCCACUUUCUUGAGUCUUGGGGUACCAACUCAACUCCCUGACCUAAAAGCAGCAAGCCUAGACCUCUAGAGAAGAUCUUAACCCCACCCCAGACAUAACCCAAGUAACUUCCUGCUGAUGGACAUACUAGUAACUCCAUACAACUUCAGAUCUCAUGAGGUGUUCACACCACUCAUCACACCAUUGACUAUCUAUUGAGCACAUGCUGUGUACCAGGCACAUUGACAAGCAUUUUAGCAAAUAAAUAUUAUUUAAUAUUUACCUAAUGCUAUGGGACCAUCAUUAUUUUCCAUCUGAGGACACUGAAACUUAGAGAAGUUAAAUGUUUUUGAGUUUUAUUACAUGGAGCAAGAGGCAGAGACUGGACUCAAACCCAUCUACGUGGACCUGAAGCUCAUAAUCAUAACUA